AACUAAAGAAGUUUUGCCUAGAUUUCCAUGACAACUGAUAGGCAAGUAGGAUUUUGUGGUUGGAGUGAGUAACCUGGGUAUGUGUGCUGGCAGAGUAGUGUAGCAUUGAAUUUUACGAGUGAGCAGUAGUAUUAAUAAAUAGUGUAUUUUAUAUUGUAUUCCAUAUAUUUUGUUGUUUGCUGUUUCAUUUUGUUUGUAGCUGAAAGAAACUGGGUGGAGUUUAUUAUUAUUAUUAUUGUAUAGAGAGCUACAUAUAUAUACAGUAUGUCCAUAUAUUCAGUUGUUUCCUACAGCAGUGUUUUCCAGUACUUUACUCUCUGAUAAGAAAGUAUAAUACAUACUCCAAGUAUUGAAAUACACGCCAUCGUGUUGGGAUUCAAUAUUUCGACAUUAAUUAUGUCAUCAUCAGGAAUGAUUAAUUAUGUCAUCUAGACGACCGAAAAUAACCUCUGAGGCAUAUUAGGCAACCAAUUAUUUCUUUUUCUCUUAUUUUUAUUUUUUUUUAAUCAGUGACAAGAAUAAACCACCACACCCCCUUCUAAAUCCGCGCCUGUUAUAUAUUUUAUAGAAAGAGGGGGGGUGGGUGAAUGUGUGUUGAAUAAUACGAUAUUCCCUGCUGUUGGAUCAUGAUUCUUUCCUUAUUUUCAGCAGCUUUAAUUAAUGGAUAUCGACUUACUAAAAUGUCAAAUAAUUAGGCUUCCUUGGUGUACAUCACCCUGAAACUAAAAAGUAAGCACAAUCUUUCUUUUUCUUCUUAUACUGUACUAACCAAACCGAGCCUCUGCUAUCAAAUGAAUUCUUUGGCAUACAGCUGCUGUAGCCUUAUAUACGGCGAUGUAUGCAAAAUAGGCUCAAGAUUGGACUUAACCCAUCAUCUUCAUUUUUAUUGGUCGUUCAAUUUCUAAUUUCUUACCAAAAGCUUUUUCCCUCAAAAUCUAUCUUAGGCUGUAGCUCUAGUGGAUUUUCAUCUACCUGUAUAGUAUAAUUGCAGUUGCUGUCUAGCAUUGUGGUUUUGUUUGAAUUACUUACAUACCAUACUCAAAAUACAACUAAAGAAGUUUUGCCUAGGUUUCCAUGACAACUGAUAGACAAGUAGGAUUUUGUGGUUGGAGUGAGUAACCUGGAUAUGUGUGCUGGCAGAGUAGUGUAGCAUUGAGUUUUGCGAGUGAGCAGUAGUAUUAAUAAAUAGUGUAUUUUAUAUUGUAUUCCAUAUAUUUUGUUGCUUGCUGUUUCAUUUUGUUUGUAGCUGAAAGAAACUGGGUGGAGUUUAUUAUUAUUAUUAUUGUAUAGAGAGCUACAUAUAUAUACAGUAUGUCCAUAUAUCCAGUUGUUUCCUACAGCAAUGUUUUCCAGUACUUUACUCUCUGGACAACCGAAAAUAACCUCUGAGGCGUAUUAGGCAACCAAUUAUUUCUUUUUCUCUUAUUUUUAUUUUUUUUAAUCAGUGACAAGAAUAAACCCCCUUCUAAAUCCGCGCCUGUUAUAUAUUUUAUAGAAAGAGGGGGGUGGGUGAAUGUGUGUUGAAUAAUACGAUAUUCCCUGCGGUUGGAUCAUGAUUCUUUCCUUAUUUUCAGCAGCUUUAAUUAAUGGAUAUCGACUUACUAAAAUGUCGAAUAAUUAGGCUUCCUUGGUGUACAUCACCCUGAAACUAAAAAUUUACCAAGAAUGGCUGAAGUAGAUGAACAGCCUGCAUCAAGCAGCACCACGAUUGGAAUUCAACCUGUAUCAGGCAGUCGUACUCCAAUUGGAAUUCAUGAGCAGGGUAUUAGCAAGGAAAUAGAUGAAUUCGGUUUUAGAAAAUUAUUACUAAACAUUGAUAGGAAUCUAAUGGAGAAUGAUAUCUUAGCUCUGAAGUACUUAUGUCUAGAUAAAAACAUUGGUCUUAGCCAUGGUGAGUUGGAGAAUGUUAACAGAGGUUUGGAUUUACUGGAGAAACUAGAGAGGAAAAGAUUGCUUUCUAAAUCGAAAUUGGAAGUACUCAUUGAGUUGCUUGGUUUGAUAGAGCGUUAUGAUCUUAAGCUUAAAGUUGAACAAUGUUUAGAUUUACAACAAAAGAUGAAAGGAAUUCAGGCAAAGAAAAUUUCAUCAUACAGGGCUCUGAUACUUGAUUUUGCUUCUGACAUUGGAAGAAAAGAAUUGGAAUCCCUGAAACCAAUAUUAAAACCCCAUAUACCUGCUAUGAAAAUAGAAAGAUUAAAUAAACCAAUAGAGUUGAUGAUUGAAUUGGAAAAACUCAGAGUAAUCUCACCUCAAAAGAUUAAUUUUCUAUUUCAAAUUGCUAACUAUUUACAAAGUGAUGAUCUUGUUCACAAAUUAGAGGAGUUUAAAGAUAUUUCUAUUCAACCUAAAAGUCACGGAGAUUCAGAGUCAAUGUCACCAGUAACAGGCUUUUCAACAAUAGAUGGUCCUCAACCUGAAAAUCAUGGUGACACAGAGCCAGCAACACAAGGUGUUUCUGUUCAACCUGAAAAUCACAAAGACACAGAAGAAACACGUAGUUGCCUGAAGAAGUGUUGGUGUAUGACAAAGUGGAUAUUCCUUAUUGGUGGUAUUCUAUUGGGUGCAACAUUUGGUUUGAUGGCAAUCCUACUUAAAAAUGGUUUAGGUAAAAACAUCUCCGAGAUAACUGCCGAGAUUUCGGGAGCACUAACUUUUAUUGGGUUCAUCAUGACAAUCUACGACAAGUGUAAUGCUUCCAAUUGUUGUCCAAGGAAUAGGGAAGAAACACAGUCACAGCCUAGGCCGUUCACUGGUACCUACAUGUACUCGCGUGUAAGAAAUGACAUGAAAAUUACAAUGAAUAUACCGGUAGAGUAAAGGAUGAACGCUGCAGUAUGUAUUAUAAUAUGGACUAUUGACAUUACUGUACUUGACUUAAGCCUAGUUGUUGGGUUAUACUGUAAUUUAUUUACAGUUUACUUACAAUGUUAGACUUACUGUACUUACUUUAUUUCCUGAGACAAAUACGUAAAGCUGGUCUUGGUGUUGCUGAAUCAAUUUAUUUUUAUUGUAGUGUUGAAUAUGCUGCGCCAAAGUGGGUUACGAGUUUGACCAGUGAACAAAUUACAUCAGUUAAACACAUACAGAAAAGGGCAGUUAAAAUAAUUUCCCAUGGUUGGUAUAAUUAUUUGAUGAGGCACGUUUGAUUCUAAGUUUUCUGUUCCUGGAGGACAGACGUACCCGGCUGUGCAGGGAAUUUUCCAAAAUUUUAAAAAUCCUAAUCAAAGACUAAACGAUGUACUCCCGUCAUUACGUAAUGUAUCAUAUCACUUGAGAACAAUCACUGAAUUCCCUCUACAGCAAAUGUAAUACAAAACAACAAAAACUUUAUUAAUACCAGGUUGUUCAACGAAUGAUAAGUACUUGCUGCCCUGCUUAGUCAAAUGGACUUUAUUUUUUAGUUUAAUCAAAUUUUAUAAUAUUGUGUUUUCUUAAUUAUUUCCUUGUUUCAUUUUUUUUUUUUAGAUUUUAAAUUUUAAUAUGUAUGAAAUAAUUGUUCAACAUCAAUAUAUAUUAUAUAUAUCGCAAUAAAGUUUUUUAUCGUAUCUUA